CCUGCAUCCCAUCACCAUUGUCCAAUUCCCAGCAAGUGGCACGUCAUUUGCGUCAUCGUCUCAAUUGAUCCCAUCUAGAGAGCAGGUCUCACUAGUUUUUGAGCAUCAUGGUCCUUCUCGACGGCCAAGAGGUCAUCACUGAGGAAGAAAAGCGGUUGAGAGCAGACACAGACCGCAAGCAGUACUGGAAGAAAUGGGGCCCGUACACCGCCGAGAGGCAAUGGGCUACCGUUCGGGAGGAUUACUCUCACGAUGGAGAUGCCUGGAGUCACUUUACUCAUGACAUGGCGCGCUCGAGGGCGUUCAGGUGGGGUGAGGACGGUAUCGCCGGUAUCUCCGAUACGCAUGGAUUUCAGCACAUUGCAUUUGCGUUCUGGAAUGAAAAAGAUGACUUCUUGAAAGAACGCCUCUUCGGCUUGUCCAAUCCCCAGGGUAAUCAUGGAGAAUCAAUCAAAGAAGCUCACUUCCACCUUGACAAUGUCCCUACCCACUCAUACAUGAAAUUCCUGUACAAAUAUCCCCAGCGCAAGUUUCCCUACGAAGACAUUAUCAAAACCAAUGCCGCAAGGACGCGCGAAGAAGAUGAAUACAACCUCAUAGACACCGGCGUAUUCGACGAUGAUCGAUACUGGGACAUUUUCAUCGAAACAGCAAAGGAGGCGGAUAAUCCUGAGGAGAUUCUGUGUCGUGUCACGGCCUACAACAGGGGUCCUGAGCCGGCGCCUCUCCACAUCGUCCCGCACGUUUGGUUCCGAAACACGUGGGCAUGGGGACACGAGAAACCAGACCAGAAACCGUGGAUUCGCCAAGUAGGCCCCAUUACGGCUCAGUCAAAACACCACAAGCUCGGUGAGCGGUUCUGGCAGCUUUCGCCCUCCCCGGGUAUCGGGGCCAGUGGUGUGGAUGUGGAGCCAAAGCUCCUAUUCACGGACAACGAUACCAAUUUCAAGGGUCUUUAUGGUGGAACAAACAAGACACCUUACGUCAAAGAUGCAUUCCAUCGUUAUAUCGUGGACGAGGAGACCAACGCUGUGAACCCGAAGUGUACUGGAACCAAGGCCGCAGCAUGGUAUGCUUUUGAUGAAGGGGACGGCGUACCGCCCGGAGAAUGUGCUGUCGUACGUUUUAGGUUAUCAAAGGAUUACGAAGGUUACUUGGACGAAGAGCUAUUCGAUGACAUCAUGGAACAGCGAAGAGAGGAGGCCGACGAGUUCUACACGCGUCUCAGCCCUAUGCCGAUGAGCGACGACAUUCGGAAUGUCCAGCGUCAAGCCUUGUCAGGUAUGCUCUGGUGUAAGCAGCACUAUCACUUCAUCUGGGAUCAAUGGGCGAAUGGUGAUCCUAACAUGCCACCGCCGCCUCCUGAACGGAAAUCCGUUCGGAACGCACAAUGGAAACACAUGCAUCUAGACGAUAUUCUGUCCAUGCCAGACUCAUGGGAGUAUCCCUUCUUUGCCGCGUGGGACAGUGCUUUUCAUUGCAUACCACUGGCCAUGAUCGAUCCUGACUUCGCCAAGAAGCAGCUAGACAUAUUCACAAGAGAAUGGUACAUGCAUCCCAACGGACAAUUACCAGCCUACGAAUGGAACUUUGGAGACGUCAAUCCUCCGGUGCACGCAUGGGCUACGUUCAGAACCUUCAAGAUUGAGCGCAAGAUGUAUGGCCGCGAGGACUUAGAUUUCCUCGAGCGCGUAUUCCACAAGCUACUGCUAAAUUUUACAUGGUGGGUCAAUCGCAAGGACCUCCACGGUCAUAACGUUUUCGAGGGCGGCUUUCUAGGUAUGGACAAUAUCGGUCUUUUCAAUCGAUCUGAUCCUCUACCUACGGGUGGUACACUGGAACAGGCCGAUGGUACUGCUUGGAUGGCUUUCUUCUGCCUGAGCAUGCUCAACAUCAGCUUCGAGCUAGCCAAGCACCGCCGAAUCUAUGAAGACACAGCCUCAAAAUUCUUUGAACACUAUAUGCUCAUUGCCGAGGCUAUGAAGUUCAGAGUCGGAGGGGAGUCCAAGAGUCUUUGGAACGAAGAAGAUGGGUUCUACUACGAUGUCAUCUCGUGGGGAGGGCCCUGGUCUCAUCAAAUGCCAGUGAAAUCGAUGGUAGGCCUCCUGCCGCUCAUCGCUACGAUAACUCUCGAGCCAGAGGUCAUCAACAAGCUGCCUUCAUUUAAGAAGCGCAUGAACUGGUUUAUCGAGAAUAAGAACGACCUUGCUGAGCGUAAUAUUGCCAGUAUGACGAAACGUGGCAAAGGCGACAGAAUGCUUCUCUCACUCGUGAACGAGGACAGGCUUCGCAAGAUUCUGAAUUACAUGCUGGACGAAAACCACUUCUUGUCCGAGCACGGCAUCCGAUCGCUCUCAAAGUACCACAAGGAUCACCCUUACUCGAUGGAGGUCAACGGACAGAAGUAUCAGGUCAGCUAUGUACCUGGAGAUUCCGACAGCGGUCUCUUUGGAGGUAACAGUAACUGGCGAGGUCCGAUCUGGUGUGCGACCAAUUUCCUCUUGAUUGAAUCACUCCAGCGAUUCUACAUGUUCUAUGGCGACAAUUUCAAGGUCGAAUGCCCCACAGGAUCUGGAGACGAGAUGCAUCUCGGACAUGUUGCGGAAGAGCUUCAACACCGUCUGCAACAUCUCUUUGCUCGAAAUGAUGAAGGGACACGGGCAGUCAACAAUGGAAAUCAAAUGCUUGACUUUGAUCCUAACUGGAAAGACUACAUAUGGUUCUAUGAGUUCUUUGAUGGAGACUCUGGACGUGGACUGGGCGCAUCUCAUCAGACUGGAUGGACGGGUUUAGUUGCGAAGAUGAUCCACGAUACUGGUGUGACUUGCCGACUGCCACAGACACCAAGAACCCCAAGCGCUGCCGCAUCGCACUACUUUGAUGACGUUUUCAGUCGCAAACGCCCUGGUAAACCUACGCUUCGCCGCUCGUCGACGACUAGAUCGAUUGGAGUACGAAGUGAUUGGGACGAGAAUGACGAUGACGAGAUGGGCUCACCUAUCAGCACUCGAUCAUUCAACCGCAAGAACUCGAUUGGAGUUCUCGAUGACGAAGCGCUGAGGAGGAAGGCAGAAGUUGAUGAGCACAUUGCCAAUUAUGUGUCGGAUCAAUUGGAGCGACUGAAGCAUGGUUCGACGGCAGACAAUGACGAGGACGAGUUUGAAGCAAAGUACGAUGGUGUAGACGAAGGUCAGAGGAAUGGGGUGAAUGGCAAGUAGAGUGUGGAGUGAGCGACUGCGCUCAUAUGCCGACACACGCCCCUCAGCAAAGUUAUGCGAAACCUCCCUAUAGAAGCGACAUGGAUAGAUACUGUUCAUAGAAGUAGAUGCUAGAGACCUGAGAAGCUGAAGACUAUAAGAAUAACACUACGUCAUACUCCCACAUCGAAA